AUUUUCCUUUUUUUUUUUCCUAAUCCUAAUUAUAGUAGGAUUAAUAUUCCAUAAAUCCAACUAAAAUAUGGUCAUAAUUACGUCUACCUUUUUAACCUCAAAUUAGACAUCCCCUCACCAAAUUUAUUCCCUAUAUAUACCCUUUAGAAACACAAAUAUUUGUCAUAGUUCCAAAAAAUUCUCAAUUUUAAAAAAUCUUGAAAUUUUAACUAAGACAUCAUGAAGGUGAUUGCAGCUUAUUUGAUGGCUCAAUUAGGUGGAAACUCUAAUCCAUCAGCUAAUGAUUUGAAGAAAAUAUUGAAUUCAGUUGGUGCUGAAAUUGAUGAUGUGAAAAUUGAACUAUUAUUAUCACAAGUUGAAGGCAGAGAUAUUAAUGAAUUAAUUGCUGCUGGUAAAGAAAAAUUGGCUUCUACUACUUGUAUGUCUUUUGGAUAUACAAAUAAUAAUAAUAACAAUAAUAAUGCUAGUAGUGUUGUUGAAGAGAAAAGAGAAGAAAAGAAAGUUGAGAAAGUGGAAGAGUGUGAUGAAGAAGAUUUUAAUUUUAGUCUUUUUGAUUAGAUGUUAUUAGUUUUAUAAUUUAUUGGUGUUACUUAUAAUGUAUUAGUAGUUUUGUUGUUUUGAUUAUGUUCAAGUUUAAUAAAGUUGUUUUCUUUUAAUAAAAAAUUAUUAUGUUUGUAGUUAAGUAUCUUUUCUUCGGAGUUUCUUAGUUGUGGAGUAUAUGGGACGGAUAGGAUAUUCGAUGAUAGCAUUCUCUAUUUUUCUCUAUUUAAGUUUUGAAAUUCGAAAUUACUAAUAAAAGAAAAAGCAACUCUAUUCAAUACAUCACAUUUUUCCAUUGUCACGUACUUUUAAUUUGAUAGUAAUAAUUUCAUAAAAUUAAUUCAAAAAACAUUGGUGAAACGAAGGUUUGGAACUUUGUAGUACCUUUUUGGAGUUAGGUGUUUGCCCUAAUUUUUUCCAUUCUUUUUUAUUAUAUUUGAAUUUUCAAAGCAAAUCGAUCGAGCUAGUUGUGAUAUGUUAGAAGAAUUUGAGUAUAUCACUUAGAGCAUAAAUAUGGGAUAGUGUGACACCCCUAAAGUUCUUUCAAGGCAAAAAAAGGGAAUAUAUAAGUCGUUAGGAGGCAUAUCCGUCUCAGAUAAACUAUCCACCUCAGGGACCAAAGAACUAAAGGAGAAGAGUAUUCCAAUGCUUAAGAAGAGAAGAUAAUUUUAGAGCUUUCUCAUGAAUGAUAAAACCUGAUGUUUUUUUAAUAGUACAAAUUUCUUCCUGAAAUUCACCAGCAAGUGCUUAAGAAAGAGAAAGCCGACUAAAAGACUAUUCCAUAACCGACUCUUAUUAGCAAGUCGAGGAGGCUUGGCUGGUACUAGGCUCUAAAAAAGCAACAUCCCUUGCAUACUUUACCAAGUAAAUAAAUUGCCCAACAAAAUCAGGUUUCA